CAACUGAUCCCACGGUGCCAAUCCCGUGUGCCGCCCGCCUCCUCCUCCUCCUCAAACCCGCGACGCCACCGUCAAAACCCAUGUGCCCACCCCCAUCAUCGCGCCACAUUUCCCAGCGGCGCCACCAUAAGUUAAAAUCAGCAGCCAGUAGCAGUGGGGAGUGUACACCAGACAAACCAUUACUAGCAAAUUGAAAAUCGUUGCACGUAGCAAGCGGUAUUCCCCUGCGUGCGGCGGCAAUGGCGAGAGGGCCGGAAGGCGGCGAGGGGGAGAGGAAGCUGGUGCUGGGCAAGUACGAGCUGGGGAGGAUGCUGGGACAAGGGUCGUUCGCCAAGGUGUACUACGGCCGCGACCUCCGCGACGGGCAGAGCGUGGCCAUCAAGGUGAUCGACAAGGCCCGGCUGCGGCGGACGGAGGGCAUGGUGGAGCAGCUCCGCAGGGAGAUCUCCAUCAUGCGGAUGGUGCGCCACCCGAACGUGGUCGGCAUCAGGGAGGUCCUCGCCAGCCGCGAGCGCGUCUUCGUCGUCAUGGAGUACGCCCGGGGCGGCGAGCUCUUCGCCAAGGUGUCCCGCGGGCGGCUCACGGAGGACGCGGCGCGGCGGUACUUCCAGCAGCUGGUGGCCGCCGUCGGGUUCUGCCACAGCCGUGGCGUCGCGCACCGGGACCUCAAGCCCGAGAACCUCCUGCUGGACGACGAAGGCCGGCUCAAGGUCACCGAUUUCGGGCUCGCCGCCCUGCCCGAGCAGCUGCGCCAAGACGGGCUACUCCACACGCAGUGCGGGACGCCCGCGUACGUGGCCCCCGAGGUGCUCAGGAAGCGCGGCUACGACGGGGCCCGCGCCGACCUGUGGUCGUGCGGCGUCGUGCUCUACGUGCUGCUCUGCGGGUUCCUCCCGUUCCAGCACGACAACUACGUCAAGAUGUACCAGAAGAUCUUCAAGGGGGAGUACCAGAUGCCGCCAUGGGUGUCCGGCGACGCGCGCCGCCUCAUCGCGCGCCUGCUCGUCGUCGACCCCGCCAAGCGCAUCUCCGUCCCGGAGAUCAUGCGCACGCCCUGGUUCAAGAAGGGAUUCGUGCCGCCGGCCCCUUCCUCCGCCCCUGUCUCGCCCAGGAAAUGGGAGGACGCCGAUGCCGAUGCCGAUGCCGGCGUGCCCGUCGAUGGCAACAUCUCGCCGCGGACGUGCAACGCGUUCCAGCUCAUAUCGUCCAUGUCCUCCGGGUUCGACCUGUCGGGGCUGUUCGAGAGCGAGCAGAAGGCCUCCACGGUGUUCACGUCCCACGCGCCGGCGGCCGCCGUGUUCGAGAAGCUGGAGGCCGUGGGCCAGGCGCUCGGGUACAGCACCGCGAGAGGGAAAGGGUGGAGGAUCAGGAUGGAGGCCAAGGCCGGCGGAGUCCACGGGCGGCUCGCGGUAACCGCCGAGGUGUUCGAGGUGGCCGCGGACGUGACCGUGGUCGAGUUCGCGCACGACGCCGGCGACGCGCUCGACUUCAACAGGUUCUGCGCCGAGGACGUGCGCCCCGGGCUCGCGGGCAUUGUCUGGGCGUGGCAGGGCGACACGCCGGCCGCCCUCAUCUGAUUCCCUCCUGUUUGGUUUUCUUCUCUGUGCAUACAUAUUACUCCAUGAAGUAGUAAAAAUUAGGGAUUUUUUUUGGUUUAGGACUUGCACCAGCUUGGCUUGGGCUGUAAAAUUUGUAGUCGUUUCUUCAGGGACAGCAAUGGCUAGAGUGCGGUUAUGCUAUGGACAAGAGAGCUUUAUGCAGUUGACGGAAUCGAGGCACGGGCGGCGUUCUCGACUUGCAGAGUUUUGUGUCUAUAUGUCUGUACUUGCGGUGAGAAAAAUGGAUUGUCACGCGCGCUAGCUACUGCGUUUUGUUAAGGGGAUCGAUGUAUGAGACAGAGCUUACUGGAUUGGUUGGUCGACUCAAAGUACGUGUGGAGGGGUGAAAUGCGGCAGUCGAUUCAAAGUACGUGCGAUUACAGUCCCUAAUUUUCAAGUGUAAUCGAUCUUUAGGACUCCUUGAUUUCUUUAUGGUCCGACAUGAUGGUCCGCUUGAUUGAAUUGAAUUCGUUGCCCUAA